AACCGCCAUUAAACCUGAAAGAAGAAGCUGAUGAUGAUGACGUCAUCACGCGCGCGCUCAGCCAGCUUCGAGUCUCGUGAGGCGAGCAGUUCGCGGUACUUCACGUGUUUGCAUUAUUGUAAAACAAACUUAACCGUUUAAGCAACAAAGAGUUCAUUUUAUUGCUGUCAACAGACUUAAGCAAACAACACGAUCAGCUAUUGUGACCUUACAAGAUAUAGUGAAGCUCCUCCCACAACAGUAUCACCUUCAGUGAAGCUCCUCCCACUGCAGUUCAUCAAUAAAUGCUGGAAUAUUCCCAUCAGUCUUCAAGUGAAGACGAGCAUCAAAGCAUCAGGAAGAAGUGAAAUCUGCAGAGACAGAGUUUAUUGAAGGACAGAGAGAACAUGAGAGAUCCAGAACCCUGCAGAAUCAAACACACUGAAGAACAAACAGAGUUGAUUGAAGAAGACAAGGAACAUGAAGAACUGAAUAAAGAGGAGGACAAACGUGUUAAAACUGGAGAAAAAACUUUGACUCGCUCUCAAACCAAACAGAAAGAUUUAAAGAAAAGCAGAGACAAAAAAUCUUUCACCUGCACUCAGUGUGGAAAGAGUUUGACAAGCAAACAUAGUCUUGAGGUUCACAUGAGGAUCCACACUGGAGAGAAACCAUACCAGUGUAAUCAAUGUGAGAAGAGUUUCACACAAUCAGCAAACCUUAAGAUGCACAUGCACAUCCACACUGGAGAGAAACCUUACAAGUGUUCACACUGCAACAACAGAUUCAGACGGUCAGGAGACCUGAAAUCACAUGAGAGGACCCACACUGGAGAGAAACUGUUCACAUGUGAUCAGUGCGGGAAGAGUUUCACAGAAUCAUCAAACCUUAAAAUGCACAUGAACAUCCACACUGGAGAGAAACUGUAUGAAUGUGAUCAAUGCGGAAAAACAUUUUUGUGGUCCUCAGCACUGAAGAAUCACCUGAAAAUUCAUUCAAAGGAGAAACCACAUUCAUGUUCUUUGUGUGGAAAGAGUUUUUCACAACUGCAGAGUUUAAAACUACAUCAGAAGAUACACACUGGUGUGAGAGAAUAUAUGUGCUUUGAGUGUAAGAAGACCUUUAUUACAGCAGAUCAUUUGAAGCGGCACCUGAUGAUCCACACUGGAGAGAAACCAUAUCACUGCACUGUAUGCGGGAAGCGUUUCAAUCAAUCAUCUAAUCUACGUGUUCAUAAAAAGAUUCACAGUCAGUAGAUCAUCUUCAGAUCCAACACUUUCAGGUCUGACGUUGUGUCCUCACCAAACAUGACACAAUAAUGUGUCAAGAAAUAAAGCAUCUUCUGUAUAAAUCUGUCCUAACAAAGAAACAUCAUCUAAACUCAAAGUGAAUAAAGUUCAUCUUCAAGACCA